CUCCCCUCCUCUCUGUACUUGGACAGCUGCGAGAUGGUCGUGACGACGACAGAGUUGAUUGGUGGUCGGCGACAAGGACUGAUGAUGGCAGAGAAGCGAAAUGAUCGGAAGUUGCAGGUUGUCGAUACAGUCUGACACAGAGACCGUUUGGCGCGUGCAGACGCGUGGUACGCGAUUCCGGCGAUGGGCAAGAAAGGAAGAAAACACGGCGAGCAAGGAUCGUCGGAUCCGUAAUCGGAUUCCGACCAGAGACCGAGGUUGCUUCUGCUCCCGAUUCGUGGCUGACGUCGUGAUUCCGUCAAUCCCUUCGCUCCUGACGAAUCUCUGUCACCGAUUGCUUUGCUUGAUGGUGAUUUGAUGGUGCGCGGGCCGCAGGAAAGAGAAGGGAGAGAGAUGACUGAGUGAGAGAAACUAAAGGGAGAGAGAUGACACGUGUUGAUGGGUAAAAUUGUAAAAUCACACAGUUCUGUUAGUAAAAUAAACGGGGAAGUCGGUAGAAUAUUGAAAUCUAAGGGUGUCAGUGAAAUAUAAUCAAAGGUCAGGGUUGUAGAUGUAAUUAACCCAAUCCAAAAUUGUCACCAUGGCCACCGUUUGUGUGGAAUACUAGUACUUAGAAGACAGUACACAUACUCACUCAGAUAGCUCAAACCCUCUUACCUUGUUUUUUUUUUUCUUUGGCUGUGUAAACAAUGUUAUCUCAUCAGUUGGCAUGGAUAUGGAUGAUCAUGGUUACCAUCUAUGCAACACAAAUAUUUUUAACAGCAGAAUCAGAAUCUCUCUUUGAAGCCCAUAAAAUGGUGAGGUUACCAGGUCAACCACAGGUCAAUUUCCAGCAAUUUGCAGGAUACAUAACCAUUGAUGAAAAGCAGAAUAAAGCUCUUUUCUACUACUUUGUUGAAGCAGAAACUAACCUACCCUCCUCAAAGCCUCUUGUUCUCUGGUUAAAUGGAGAUCUCUCACUUGCAGGGCCUGGUUGUUCAUCUGUUGGAGCUGGAGCUUUCUGUGAGCAUGGCCCUUUUAAACCCAGUGGGAAUGUUUUGGUCAAAAAUGAAUAUAGCUGGAAUAAAGAAGCAAACAUGUUAUAUUUGGAGUCACCGGCAGGAGUGGGUUUUUCUUAUUCUGCCAAUAAAUCCUUCUACACUUCAGUGAAUGAUGACCUGACAGGACACUAUGUUCCACAGCUUGCACACCUCAUUAUUCAAUCCAAUGUGAAGUGGAAGUUCAACCUCAAGGGAAUAGCUAUAGGGAAUCCACUUCUGGAAUUCAAUACCGAUUUCAAUGGGCGGGCUGAAUUCUUUUGGUCUCAUGGUUUGAUAUCAGAUGCUACUUAUGAGGCCUUCACUUCCUUGUGUAACUACUCUCAAAUCAGAAGACAAAUCCAAACUGGCUCUCUUACCCCUGUUUGUUCUCGAGUGAUCAAACAAGUUUCAAGAGAGAUCAGUAGAUUUAUCAACACAUAUGAUGUCAGUCUCGAUGUGUGUUUGUCAUCCAUUGCUUCCCAAUCUCAGGUUUUAAAUCAAUUGCAAGAAACAAAGAAGAUAGAUGUCUGCAUAGAGGAUGAAACAGUUCAAUACUUGAACCGUGAAGAUGUACAGAAAGUACUCCAUGCACGACUUGUUGGAGUCACCAAAUGGACAGUUUGUAGCGAAGUCGUGCGUUAUGAUAUGCAAGACCUAGAGGUACCAACAAUUCAUGUCCUGGGCUCGCUCGUUAAGUCUGGCAUCCGGGUACUGGUUUACAGCGGAGAUCAGGAUUCAGUUAUUCCACUCACGGGAACUCGGAUGCUGGUUAAUGGAAUUGCAAAGGAAAUUGGGCUGAACACAACUGUGCCAUACAGGUCUUGGUUUGAGGGAAGACAGGUUGGAGGAUGGACACAGGUUUAUAAUGAUAUUUUAUCUUUUGCCACCAUCAGAGGAGCUUCCCAUGAAGCUCCAUUUUCGCAACCAGAGAGAUCGCUCGUUCUUUUCAAUGCUUUUUUGGGAGGAAAACCACUACCAGAGGCAACGUUGUCUGCUGACACAACUCCUAAUUAAUGGUAAUCCAAGUUUACUAUUUCAUUGUAUUUAAUAAGCAGAUACUAUCUCCUUUGCGAGGAUUGAUAAAAAGAUGCAGGUACCAUGCUUAAUUAUGA